UUAACGUCUCUCUCUCUCUCUCUCUCUCUCUCUCUCUCUCUCUAUAGCCGAGAUUUUGAUUUUGGGGAGCACAUAGGUUUUUGCCUUUUCCCUAUUCCGAUUCUUGGCGCCUCCUGUAAUCUACCAUUUCCAUCAUAAAGCACACAGACUCACUCUCUCUCUCUUGAAGGGAGUUGCGGCAACUACCAACUGUUAUGGAUUGCACAACAUGAGUGCAUGAUGGCAGCAGCAGAGGCAAGGGCUGCUUGGCAGCGCACCGCAAACCGUUGCUUUGUCCAGGAAGAUGCGAAGAGAGCUCCUAAAUUAGCCAGCUGUCCAUCAGCAUCUUCAAAACUCCAACAGGAUCAAUGUGCCGGGGAUGGUAGAAAUGGAGUUGAUCAUUCUGGUACAUAUGUUUUUUUGCCUGUCAACUGGAGUCCUUCCAAUUCUAAACUGUCUCCAGACACAAAGUGGUGGCUUCAGCUGCAGCCUAACUUUGGAAACCGUCGAGAUUUCAUAUUUGAACAGCUUAAAGCUUUGGAUGUUGAGCUUGAUUGUAUGGCCUCUUUCGAUAUGGAUCCAUCUUCUGAACCCAGUAACGAGGCAACACAAACUGCCCAAUGCAGAGCUGCUGAACCUGAAAAGGUUCGACUCCCUGUAUCUGGGGCACCAUGUCGGGUUUCAACAACUUGCUUGAAUCGCGAGUUUGAAUCAAAAGCACAUGGUCUCAAAGCAACAAAUUCAGUAGAGCCACUGAAGCAUGAAAUGAAUUUGAGUGACAGUUUAAAGACAGAAUCAAGUGAAGAGAUGCCCAUCAAUCAGAAGCAGCUUGACCACUUAACAUUAGAACAGAGAGAAAAGGAUGCCGCUGAUAUUUCAGCGCCUCGGGUGACUGACAGGACAGGACCCUGGUGGCGAAUUACAGACAAAGAUGAAUUAGCAUCAUUGGUUACUCAGAGUUCAUUCCGAUGCAUAGAAAAUUGUGAUCUUCCACGGCCGCUCAAUUCACACACAAGGAGUCAACUAGACGAUGUUGAUGUUUUUCACGAUGAGGAGCUGAUUCCAUCAUCCUUUGAUCAUAAAAUCUGUUCAGCUCUUCAUAAUGCAGUGGGAGAUCCUCAGCCAAAUCCUUUUUCCGGAAGUGCCAAAGGAGCUCAGUGGCUACCUGCUGAACUGGACCCAUCUGCCGAUGGCUUAGAAAAGAAUUCCAGCACUUCCAGAGUGAGCAGCAGGCAGUUUGGUAGGAGCGAACACAACUUUGGGGUAGAUGCAAGCAAGGCACAGCUAUUAGAAGCCCUUUGCCAUUCCCAAACACGAGCGCGAAAGGCAGAAAAUGCAGCCCAACGAGCGCAUUCCGAGAAAGAACACAUCCUCAGGCUUUUCUUGAAGCAAGCGACGCACCUGUUUGCCUACAAGCAGUUGUUCCGUCUCUUGCAGCUAGAGAGCAUUUACCUUCAGAUCGAAUGCAAGAACACCAUGGUGCCGUGGGAUCAACUGUCUGCACUCUUUCCUUGGUUGGCAACAAGAGAUGAACAGUCUGGAGAGACUGGAAGCAGCAAGAAAAGGAAAAGGUCUAGCGAGAGCUCGUAUGAUGUUGGUAGGCUUGCCUUCGCCGUCGCCAUUGGUAUGAGUCUAGCCGGCGCUGGCCUUUUCCUGGGGUGGACUUUGGGGUGGCUGCUAUCUACUUUCUGAAUCUUGUUCAGUUACUAUUCGUCCAUUCUUUCUUUGCAGUGAAUACAGGGGCACCAUGAGUGUGUGUCUUUUGCCGUGUAUAUGUUUAGGCAAUGAUAACAUGAAUGUACCCUAUCAGUUCUCCACAGAGCAGGCAAUGAUGUCCUGAAUUUUGUACAGUUCCAGCGUCGUUCAAGUUCGUUUCCUAGUCUCGUUGUGUGACUCUUCCUUCUAUUUAAAUGGAAUACAUCUUUUGUUUCAA